UCGUACCGCUCCCGCCAAGGGUUUCUGUCAACUACGAACUGCCGAUGGUAAAGGUUCUCGGCUAACCCGCAACAACGAGCGCCGGUGCUCGUUGUCAGUGCACGCGAAUCGCCACGGUAUAUUCACGCGUGUUCGCAGAAACCACAACUUUCGGUUCUCCCGGUAACGCGACGCGGAGAGGAGUGACGCUCGACGGACACGUCUCGCGACGUAUCUUUUUUUUUUCUCGUUAACUGUCUUAAAACUGAGAUCCCUACGGGAGACGCGCGAGUUUGAUGGCGACACACAACUCUCGCGGGAUUGUCCGUUAAGUCGAGAACUUCGAUUGCAAUCGAGGAGUGUAUUUCAGAGUGACAGUGAUUGGAUACGCGUGGAGCAGCACCGGUGAAAAGGAUACAGUGACAACUGUGACGAACCCAAGAAAUGUGCGUGUCGGGACGAUUGAGCGUGCAACGCAAAGAGCCAAGUUUGCAACGUUAGAAAAGGAAUAAAGGUGGACGAUCGCGAUCGCGGCACGUGGCCGGGCGAGCGAAGGUGUCACGUGGGUGCCGCAUCGCCGCGUCGAUCGGGGAUUCGGGUUCGCAAAGGAGGGUGGAAUUUUUAUGCCCGAUCCGCGGUUAGAAAAACCGCGACCGCAGCGGUGAGGAAAAAAGACCCGCGAGAGGAACUCACCGAACCGCGAAAUAAACGCGGACCAAAAAUUCACGCUCACUGAUCACCCGGCGAUCCGCUUUUUCCUCUUUCCCCUCGCCCGCCUCCUUCUCACCGCACACAGCGGAAACAAUAGGAACGGGGAGAUAAAAGAGGAGAGAAUCCGGCCACGGCGGUUGGAUGAAUUUGCGGCGAGGUGUUUCGCUCUCGAUAACUGGCGAGCCGCGAAGGUCGAAGGAGUUCGUUUCCGUUUCGAGCACUCUCUGCCGACUUCCGGCAGAAGGAAGGAAGGAAGGAACCCGAUGCGCGAGGGUUCGCAUCGACGUUCGCAUCGCGGCGAAUAAUCGUCCCCCGUCGUUAAUUAACGAGGAUCGAGGAGAACGGGGAGAACGACGUUAAUGCGCGCCCGUUGGAACCAAGAAGGGCCGUUUCGCAACGCGAGAAGACGAGAGGGGUCUCGGGUGGAGUCCCUCUCGUGAGGGAGUGAUAUCCGUUUGACGGGGAAAUAUACGUGUGUGUGCUCGACGGUAGAGAGCGGCGCGCACCUGGGCAACGGGUCGGGUGCGCUUCUCCCCCCUCCCCCGCCCCCCACAAAAAAACGAAGGGAAACGAAACGGAAGAGACGCCUUCGCGUAAAAAGUUCGUGAAAGCGCCCGAGGGAGAGGGAGAGAACGCCCGGGGGAAGUUGCGGGAGACGAAAAACAUUACGGGACAACGUUUACGGAGGAAAUAGCGCGCUUGCACACCGUCUAACAACUGGCGAACGAUAAAAGGAGGAUCGUUAAGCCCGAGCAAUAGCGAAACUACUUUCGCGCGAAGGAUACGCGAAGGCUGAAGCGCGCUUAUUGCGGCUUCCGCGCGAAAAAACACGUGGCGACGAAAAACGCUUCUGCUCGCGCCUCGAGAAAUCGGGAUGGAAAACCUCCUGGUUGAACAAAUAAACCGUAAAUUGGACAAGGAGCCCAACGUGAUAAUUCAAUUUUGAUUUAAUUCGCGAGUGGUACAGGCAGCUGCAAUCUUCCAUCGGGGUCGAUCGGCGCUCGCGAUCCUCCCGAAGGGGCAAAUUGGAGGAGUAACAUCGUGCGGCGUGAAAGUAAAUCACGACGAGGGAGGAACGUCGGGAGAUUCCGCGCGUUCCAUUAAAUCCGGACACGGGAUGGAAUUUUUUUCGCGCUAAGCAACGCGAUCGGUAUUCGGACUCUUCUUAAAAAGGGCAAGAGAGAAGAAUCACCUUCGGCAAAGAAGGCGUGGGGGAGAAGGGGAAGAGAGAGAGAGAGAGAGAGAGAGAGAGAGAGAGAGAGAGAGAGAGAGAGAGAGAGAGGAGGACAAAUCGGCGAGCAGGCACGAAUUCCGCUAGCUCAGUCGAAAUCAACGCAUUCAAAUGCGGGCGUUUCUCGGCUGCUUCUAAGAAAUCGAGGAAUCGAGAGAAAUAUCGACGAUCUCCUCGGCGAGGGAGGAACACGUGGCGUCGUCGAAUCGUUGGCGGCCCUCUCACUCCUGGAGCACGAAGAAGGAGGAGUCCGCCGCCGCGGCGGACCCGAUUAAGCAGAAAUCUCCCGGACGGCACAAAUUCUGCGGUGUAACUCCCAUUCUUUUUCAACCGACAAACGGUACAAACGGCCGCGAUUAUCUGCCUUCCCCCCCGCCUCCCUCUGACCCCCCGCGGACCCCGCCCCGCCACGCGAAUGUCGAGUGAACGAUGAAGUACCCGACGGUGCAGACGGGGAUGAAGAAGAAGUGGAACGGCACUUUGUACGGCGGCGAAUCGUGCGGCUCCAGGUGCGGCGAGUGUCUGACUAAAAUGCAGCUCGUACUACUGUCGGCGCUAUUCUGCUCUACUUUGACUACAGGUGUCGGAUUGGAGAUACGAAAACUGGAAGUACCCAGUAUUGCCGAUCCAAGGUGGGAAAGAGUAUUACUCAAGUGCGAAUAUGAUCUCGGUGGCAAGGAUUUAUAUUCGGUGACAUGGAACAAAGAUGGCCAGGAGUUCUUCAGAUUCAUGCCAGGGUCACCGACGCCUAAGCGACCUCAGAAUAUCAGCGGAUUGUAUAUCGACCUUAACCAAAGUGACCACCAGCACGUGACACUUCUGGGCCCGAACACCCGCAAAGGUAAAGUCGACUUGGCUGGAUCUUACGGGUGCGAGGUGUCAUCCGAAGCGCCGAGUUUUGAGACAGAUUACAGAGAGGCGAACAUGAGCGUGGCGGUGCCUCCUAAAAGUCCUCCGGUACUCGAGGGGAUGCGACCUUCUUACAAAAUCAGCGACAUCCUCCAAGCGGAGUGCACGUCGGGGUUGAGUUACCCCCCGGCAGUUUUAACGUUCAUCUUGAACGAUAAAGAGGUGAACAGAGCCUUAACCAAAGACCUGCGGGGCGGCGGCAACAUCGAGGGGAGACUGAUCUCCACGACGCGACUGGGCCUAACAUUGCGCCUGGAACGACAUCAUUUUUCCGGCGGCAGCCUGACACUGAUCUGCCAGUCGACAUUACCAGGGAUCGCCAACGAUCAGCCGCUCAAAACCAUCGAGAUUGCCACUCUCGCCGCCAGCAACCAACGUCUCGUUUUGGACCAAGAACCAUCCAAGUCGGGCUCGAGAUCGAACGUCGAGCUCUUCCCGGUUCUGACUUGUUGGACCGUGACCGUGAUUCAUGUGAUUAGCUGCGACAGUCUCCGAAGACUCCUGCGCGUUUAAUGUCUGGCCGAUGCGCUCUAGUUCGAUCGAGGACGCCGAUAUCUCUCUAAAACACGUGCUAUUAGUCACCGUCGCCUGUUCUCGCGAGCAGGAAAAACGUACGGCGUGUCGUCAUCGGUCUUUCUCUACGUGUCAAUCGAGUAAAGGAUACACGCACGUACCGUGCAGACACCAACUAAAAAUUAUAUAAUUGUUAAUUGUGAUUUCUUACCCAACGGUAUAACUGUUAUACGUAACAGUGGGAAAUUAUAACUAACGGUUAUAUAACUUUGAGUUGGUGUCUGCUGGGUACACAGUGCAGCGUGUCCCAAAUUUUUCGCGCAAAUUCCAUACAACACACGUUUCGCUCGCAUGUGUACACAGUGUUUAGGACACCCCGUAUAUCGUAUAUGUAAGUCGGAGGUAGCAAUACAACUCUACACGGUAAAGUAGGUCGGUACGGCGGGCGCACGGCGAUUGUACAUAGUGUAUAAUUGUGAAUUAGCAUUACAAAUUGUCAUGUAUAAUUAACCGGACGGAAGGGCUGCGGGGGGAUGAUGGGGAACACGAUGAAAGUAACGUGAGAUAUAUCGGGAUUCCGCGGACGAUUGUUCCGGGAUGUGAGAGUAACGCGGCUGGAACGUCGCGUCCGAGAGAUAUAUCUAUUAUUCGUCAGACCAGAGAAAAAUAUAUAUAGUUUUAAGGAAGAUAAGUGUAUGUACGGGUCGUAAAUCCUAAGUACGGCUCGACGUUGGUUACGUAGUGUAAGUAUGUGGUUAAUUCGACUAUAUUCUCCACAUCCGAUCUUCCUCGGCGAGGCAUGCGCGAAAGAAAGAGUGUGUGUGUGUGUGUGUGUGCAGUAAGGACGCUCACUUCGGCGCUUUUGUUCUGCAAUUUUACAUGAUCCAAAGUGUCGUCGUUAUCGUCGAACCGAUUGCAGUAAUAAAAACAAUGAUUUAAUCAAAC